AUGUCAUUUAUGGCACUGAACUUUGACCCUUUAGGCAAAGACAACUGGAAUUUUGCGAAAGUCUUCAAUGUUGAUUGUCUUCGUUCAUCGACUCAUUUAUGUCUCCCAGAGCAGAAAGCUGCUUUGCUAGAAUUCAAGAACACCAUUUCUCUUUCUGAUUAUUGUGUUCAAUUUAUUUCCCCCAGGACAAAUUCCUGGAACGAAACCACAGAUUGCUGUUCUUGGGAGGGAGUCAGCUGCAACCAGUUGACUGGUCAUGUAAUUGCCGUUAAUCUUAGUGGCAGCUGCCUUUACGGUUCUCUCCCUGCAAACACCAGCCUCUUCCAGCUUCAAGGACUCCAACGACUCGACCUUUCUGACAACAAUUUCAAUGGCUCUAUCCCAUCAGAAUUAUUUCGUCAGUUAGUGAGUUUAACCCAUCUUAAUCUCUAUCAUUCUGGAUUCUCUGACUUAAUCCCACAUGAAAUUUGUCUCCUAUCCAAUUUGGAUUCACUUGAUCUUUCCAGUUAUUCUUCUCCUGCCAGCUUGAGAUUUGAUGCCGAAGGUUUUGACAUGCUUGCACGAAACUUAACCAAAUUAAGAGACCUUGCCCUUCAAUAUGUAGAUAUGUCUGGUGUUGCAGUCACUUCCUUUCUAAACUUGAGUUCAUCUCUAGAACGUUUGAGUCUCGGAUAUUGUCAAUUACAUGGGCAAUUUCCAAGUGAAGUUUUCCGUCUUCCAUACCUCCAACAUGUAGAUUUAGGUUGGAAUCAAAAUCUCACAGGUUUUCUCCCUAAGACAAACUUGAGUCUUGCCCUUGAGCUGAUGGACCUUUCCUUUUGUCGUUUUAGUGGGUCAAUUCCUGCAUCAUUUGGAAAUCUCACUCAAAUCACCUUCCUAGAUUUUUCUGAAAAUGAUUUUGGAGGACAAAUUCCAGAUGCUUUUGAAAACCUUAACAAAUUAACUACUUUGAAAUUUUCUUCCUGCAAUUUUAGUGGUCAAGUUCCAUUAACAAUGUUCAAGCUCACACAAAUUACCCAUCUAGAUUUGUCACAUAAUCGAGUAGAAGGUGCCCUGCCAAAUCAUGUUGAUCAGCUUCAAUUGCUUGAAGAAUUAUCGUUAUCUAAUAACCUUAUAGGUGGUGGAGUACCAUCUUGGUUGUUUACUUUGCCAUCUUUGCUAAAUUUAGACCUCAGCUAUAACAAACUCACCGGUCAGAUUGAGGAAAUUCAGAUGCCUAAUUGUGUCCAAUCUAUUGAUUUGAGUUCUAAUGACAUUCAUGGUCCAAUACCCAGUUCUUUUUUUGAUCUUGUUAACCUUAGCACACUUCAUCUUUCAUCAAACAACUUGAGUGGUGUCAUCGAGUCAAAUAUGCUCUUCAAACUGGAAAAUCUUUAUACUCUUGAUCUUUCAAACAAUAGUUUACUAUCAUUAAUCACCAGCGGCAAUGAUGUAAACUAUUCCUCUCGUCAGCUUGUUAGAGUGUUAUUCUCUUCAUGUAGCAUAAGACAGUUUCCAAGUUUUUUUCGGACAUCAAGGUUAGAGGUUUUGGAUCUUUCCAAUAACAAGAUUUCUGGCGGAGUUUCCAAAUGGGAUGCAGAAGGGUGGGUAGAAUUGAACAUGUUGAAUCUUUCUUACAACUUUCUUACCAGUUUGGAGCAAUUUCCAGGAAAAUAUCUUCAAAUUCUUGAUCUUCAUUCCAACAUGCUUCAAGGGCCAAUUCUCUCAACUUGCUUGAAUCUUCAAAUGCCAAAUCCACCACUAUUCUUGAGCAUAUUUUUGAUUUCAGAGAAUAAAUUGACCGGAAAUAUCCCUUCCCUGAUUUGCAAUUGGACAUCCCUUGUGGUUCUCGACUUGUCUAAAAAUAGCUUGAGUGGAACUAUUCCAGAAUGUCUUGGAAAUGCCAGCAGUGCUCUCCAGUUCUUGAAUUUGCAGAUGAAUAACUUUUAUGGCAAAAUCCCUGAUUCUUUUAUGAAUAAUAUGUUGAGAAAUCUUUUGCUCAAUGACAAUCAAUUGGAAGGAUCACUGCCUCGAUCUUUGGCUAACUGUAGUUCUUUGGAAGUUCUCAAUUUAGGGAACAACAAAUUAACUGAUACGUUUCCCCAUUGGUUAGCUUCACUUCCAAGGCUGCAAGUUCUUAUCCUGCGAUUGAAUAGAUUGCAUGGUUCUUUGCCCAAUUCCAUAGCUUCUUCUAACUUUUCCACAUUGAGAAUAAUUGAUCUCUCUGGAAAUGAGCUCACUGGCCCCUUGCCAACAAAUUUAUUCCAAAAUUUGAGAGCAAUGAAAGAUGUACCUAAACUGCCCUUGUCAGAGGCAUAUUUAUUCAAGACAGAUGCUCGAACUAGAUAUGUUUAUGAGUACUACCAAAGUUCUGUGAAUGUGACAACAAAAAGAUUGGAGAUUGAGUUGGUGAAAACCUUGGCCAUUUUCGUAGCCAUGGACUUUUCAAACAACCUAUUCGGUGGACAAAUUCCUGAGGAACUUGGAGAACUUAUUUCGCUACAAAUGCUCAACUUCUCUCACAACAGCUUCACUGGUCCUAUCCCACCAUCUUUAGGAAAUAUGGUAGCACUUGAAUCGUUGGAUCUCUCAUCAAACAAGCUUGGUGGCACAAUUCCGUCCCAAUUGACGAAUCUGACAUUCCUUGCAGUGUUAAACCUUUCAGAAAAUAAUCUUGUCGGACCAAUUCCCCAUGGGAAUCAACUUGAUACGUUUGAUAACGAUUCCUACAGCGGUAACUUGGGAUUGUGUGGCUUACCAUUGUCAAAACAAUGCAACAACCGUGAGGGACCAAAACCACCUGCACCAAUGUUUGAGGAACAUGAAGGUUUUUCAAUACCCUUUAUUUGGAAAGUAGCAAUGAUGGGGUAUGGAAGUGGAGUGGUGUUAGGAUUGAGCAUGGGAUACAUUGUUUUCACAACUGGAAGACCAUGGUGGAUUGUUAGAAAGAUCGAGAGAGAUUGGCAGAAGAAAGUUUCAUUUUGGAUCCAUGGACGAAGAAGAAACUAG